AUGGCGUCCCCCGCCCGCUGGAGCCACGUGUGGGUGGGGGCCGAGACCGGAGCCCUUAAAGGUGUGAACCUGCAGAAGAAACAGGCGACGAACUACACGAGCGGCGCAGCGCUGAGCCGGGGGGAGGGCGUCUGCGCCCUGUGCUGGGGGGACCCCAACGAGACCGAGAUCCUGCUGGGCUGCCUGGAUCGCUCCGUGAAGCUCUUCAGCACCGAGAAGGGGAAAUUCACGGAGUCGCGGCUCUGCCCCGGGGGGGACGGGCCCUUCUGUGGGCUGGCGGUGUACGGCAGUGCCAUCAUCACCUGCGUGGAGUCGGGGCUCAUCAAGGUCUGGCGUGAUGAUGAGACGGAGAACCUGGAGCUGGAGGCAGGCGCGGGGCUGUGCCGGAUGCGCCAGGACCCCGCCCGGCCGCACCGGCUCGGCACCGGCGGGAAGGAGAACGGUCUCAAGGUCUGGGACCUGCAGCGCCCGGAGGAGCCCGUUUUCCGCGCCAAGAACGUGAGGAACGACUGGCUCGAUCUCCGCGUCCCCAUCUGGGACCGUGACCUCCAGUUCCUUCCCGGCUCCGAUAAGAUUGUCACCUGCACGGCUCAUCACCAGGUGCGGCUCUACGACCCCAGCUCCCCCCAGCGGCGCCCGGUGCUGGAGACGACGUUUGGGGAGGCCCCACUCACCGCCCUCUCCCUCGUGCCCGGGGACACCUCAGUGGUGGUGGGCAGCGCCCGGGGGGACGUGGCCGUCAUCGACCUGCGCCAAGGGCGGGUGCUGAAGUGCCUGAAGGGCUUUGCCGGCGGCGUGCGGGGGCUGCAGUGCCACCCCUCCCUCCCCCUCGUCGCCUCCUGCGGCCUCGACCGCUUCCUCCGCAUCCACGACCUGGGUGACAAGCGGCUGCGGCACAAGGUCUACCUGAAGUCCCGCCUGACCUGUCUCCUGCUGAGCAGCCAGCGGGACUGGGAGGAGGAGCCGCCCCCCCCAGUCGAGGUGAAGGAAGAGGAGGGGGACGCGCUGUGGGACGCGAUGGAGACCGUCCCCACCCCCCUCGGCACCGCCCCGCGGAAACGGGCCAAGAAACGGAAGAUUUUGGGGCUGUGAGGGGGUGGGGUGGGGGGGUGACCCCCCCGGGGACAGGACUGGGACCCCCCCAGCGAGAAGGGGACCCCCCCACACCCCACCCCAGAUUUGCUGCUCCCAUCAUUGAGGGGGGGCACCAGCUUUUGGGGUGGGGGUUCAGGGUUGGGGGGCUCACCCCAGAAGAGGGGAGCAAUGAGGCAGCAGCCCCCCCAGCGCUGCCUGUGGG